AUGUGCACGAUUGCCAGAACGUAUUAUGAAGAACAAUUUUCUAGUCAUCAAAAUAAACAGUCGGAAAUUGAAAUUGAAGCAAAUAAUGUUGAUGUCGAACUCGAUGAAGUCUUGAAAAAUAAACCACCUAUUCCCAUCAACAUCACCUACCAUCAUCUUCGUCGAACCAUUGCCUCUUUAAAAAAUAAAAAUUCCACCGGCAUGGAUGGUGUAUCAAAUCGUAUAAUUAAAUUACGUCCUUCAAAUCAUCUUACGAUAAUUCUUUCAUGCUUGAACAACUUUGCAAUUACCUUACAAACACCGCCACACUGACUGGGUCAUAAUAAAACUUUAACAAUAGAAAAUUUAAAUCCACGUAUAUUUGAUGUUGAAUAUCUUGUCCGAAAUCCAAUCACUAUUCACGCUGAUGAAAUUGGUAAUCAUAACUUCCCAUUUGAUCGUGUGAUUCGAACUAAUAUUGAUGAUUUUUAUGCUAGUGGUAAUCAAAUAUCUAUAACAUAUAUUCGACAAUUCGUAGCUGGUUGUACUUAUCCAGAAUUGAUGGAAUCACCAAAUUUCCCAUUAGAUAUCAAGCAAAAAGUUGAACGUUUAUUGUCUGCAUGUGGCGGAAAAAAUCUUGGUUCAUACAGUGAAACUCAAGGUAUUGUAACAGUACGUGAAGAUAUUGCAAGUUAUAUUCAACAACGAGAUGAUUAUCCAUCAGAUGCAAAUAAUAUUUAUCUUUAUAAUAAUUGGUCAUUAAAUAUUGAUGAACUUGAACGUUCAUUAAAUGAAUCGAAAGAUCGUUGUGAACCACAGGGUCAAGUCCUUUCACAAGAAAAUAUUGAAAAUGUGAUUCGUUUUGCUAAUAAACAUCGAUUAUUUAUAUUGGCUGAUGAAGUUUAUCAAGAAAAUGUUUAUUUACCAGAUUCAAAAUUCGUUUCAUUUAAAAAGGUGCUUAUGAGUCUUAGGGCACCCUAUAAUCAAUUGGAAUUGGCUUCAUUUCAUUCAGCAUCAAAAGGUUGGUACGGAGAAUGUGGUUCUCGUUGUGGUUAUUAUGAAUUAAUUAAUAUUGAUAAAGAUGUAAAAGUACAAUUAAAUAUAUUACAAUCAGCACGUCCAUGUGUCACAUCUUGGGGUCAAGCUUGUUAUGGAAGCAAUUUGCAAUCUAUGCAUUUCCACGCAUUGAAAUUCCAAAAAAAAGCAAUCGAAUAUGCUAAAUCAAAAAAUAUGACUCCAGAUGAAUUUUAUUGUUUUCAAUUACUUGGUAAAACUGGAAUAUGUGUUCUAUCUGGUAAUGACUUUAAACAACGGCCAGGAACAUAUCAUCUACGUACAACAUUUCUACCACCUGUUGAUCAAAUGAAAGAAAUGGUUGAAAGAUUUCAUACAUUUCAUAUGUCAUUUUUACAUGAGUGGAAAUGA